UGUUAUUGGGGRAGGCAUACACAUGGCCUAGUGGGAUGUAAAAUCCUAGUGUAAAAUCGAUCUCACGCUAUCUAAAGGAAAACCUGGAUCUUUCAGGAUUAGAGUUAUGAGUUUGGACACACUUCUCAAAGCAGCUGAGUUCGUAGAAUUGUCUUCAGGUCCGAAAAAGAAGGAAAAUCUCUCGAAUGCACGUGGGAAUCAUCCUAAUAAUGUCUAUGCAGACAGAAGACGAGUUGUCUCCGAAUCUGAGGCCGCUGAGCGAAGAAGACGGCCAGGAGGUGCUGGCACAAGGGAGACACAUAAUAAACUGGAAAAGAACAGGCGAGCUCAUCUCAAAGAGUGCUUCGAUAUCCUGAAGAAACAAGUUCCAAGCCUUGAAGAGAAAAAGACUUCAAAUCUGAACAUCCUAAGAGGUGCAUUAAAAUAUAUCCAAAAUAUGAAGAAGCAGGAACAAGAAUAUGCCACGGAAUGCGAUGCUUUGAAGAUGAACCAAAAAUCACUUGAGGAACGUCUGAAUGCGCUGAAAUCAAAUACAAAGAUAAAGACAGAACAAAAGUCUUCCAGUAGUGAAACGAUUGACUCUGAGGUAUCGCAAGCGUCUUCAUCAUCUGUUCAAACUCUCUCUGCAACUACUGCUGCUGCUAAAACAACAGGAGAGAGCAGAACCUUGCCAAUCUCUGUUGCAACCCAAACUCCAUCCAGUAGUCAGUUAGGAACCUCAGUGAAUGAAGAGGACGACGAAGUGUCCACUACACGCAUUAGUACAAGCAGCACCGACACUGGUGGAGAAGGGGAUGAAUCCGAACAUAAGUUAUCAACGUUCGACGACAAUGAAGAUGAGAAAACCGACACUGAUGAAGGUUUAAGCAUCGAUGAAGAAGACAUUGAUCAAGAUAUUGAAAUAGAUGUUGUUGGUGGGCAAGAUGACUGCCCAUCCACUGAAAAUCUGCACUCUGCAGUCAAAGAGAAGUCAGCGCAUUCUAACAAAAUGAAUGGGGAAGUUGAAGAAGGAAGCAAACGAAAGGUAGAAGAAAUUCCAAAAGGUCGGUAUCACAAUAUAAAAUCUAGAAAAAGGUCGAAAUCCGAAGCAGCUGUAAAGAAUGAGGAAGAUUCUGAUUAUGACGAAAAUACGAAGGAAGAACCAAAAGCAAAGAUUCAAGCUUGUGCAAGGAAGUUUCGAUCUUCAACAAUUUAAACCAAGAUAGCCUUGAAAAUUUCUGGUGAAUAAAUGCAGAAUACAAAAAGGUAAGGUAUAUUUGUAGUGUUUGAGUAAAUUUCCCACGGUACGCAAAGGAUAGUGGAUGAAAAUGGGUCUUUACGAAUGUGAAAAUGCUUAGUUUUAGUUAAGGAACUAUUGUAAAAAUUUAGUUUAAAAUUUUUUACUUGCACAACUAACUGUUAUCGGUGCACAACUAACUGUUGUCGGUGUUAUCAGUGUUUGGUGUUGAGGUUACACCCAAUACGUGGGCGAUAGACUGAGCUAGUUUGAUAUAACGACUGAUGAGGCCUGUCCACACGUAUCCGGAAAGUUUUGUACCCGCAAUUUUUUUUUKCGGAUACGAAAAUGUUCGCGUCCACUYGCAGCGUAUUCGAAUCGCUUGGACGAAGUGGAGCUCCUCUUGAGCGUGACUAAAGGCGGAGCAAAUAGCUUCUCAUAUACUGAGAUUGCAAAUUUAUCACAGCUGCAUUCAAAUGGACGCCUGAAAUCAUGCUCGAAAUAAGCACAACGAGAAGCAAAUCUACAACUUUGGAAUACGCCAUGUUUGUUUCUAUGACGCGACGAAGACUGGAUCCGAUGGUGUGACUUCAGCGUAUUCGAAAAUUUGCGGAUACGACCACACGUAUCCGUAUUCGGAGCGUAUUCGAAAAUUUCCACUCUGGAGACCGUUUUCGAAAAUUUCCGGAUACGGAUACAAAAAUUUCCGGACAAUUGUAGACGCAACCCGUAUCCGCAAAAACAAAUUUGCGGAUACAAAAAUUUCCGGAUACGUUUGGACGGGGCCUGAGACUGCGGUUUUCCAUAUCCUGCGAACUUGGUGGUUGCGAGCUGCAUGCUGAAAUUUGUUUUUUUUUGUGUGUGUGCUGUCAAUAAAAAAUAAUCAGUCGGUACCUUUGAUGUUCUUGACUGGCGGCAGUAAAAACAAAAAUUUGACAACCGUUGAAAUGUCCGAGUUCGCAGGAUAUCGAAAACCGCAUUAAAACGAAUGAAUUGAUUCUUGCAUAUUGAGUCGAAAAUAGAGAUUUGGCAUGAUCACGUGACGACGGUGGCCAUAUUAGAUGGCAGAAUUGUUUCUCGUGUAAAACAAUUGUACUCCUGCUGUUAUCCAACAUGGCCGCCGUCAUGUGAUGUGUCAUGCAAAUUCAGUCUACAGUAGAUUCAUAGUUAGUUGAAGAUUAAAAUUUUUUUGUGUAACUUGCUUCAAAUUGGGUAAUGACAGUUGAAUUAAUUUACCACGAACAACAGAAAUUCGAAUGCCGUUUAUUCUUGAUCUCAUAGCAGCCAUGUUGGUUGACAUGACGAUCAUGUUAUUUUCAAUCUUUUAAGUAACACUAAUUUUUGUUUCAACGGGAAAGUAAAAUCACUCUAUAAUAGAAAAUAAAUUUAGUCUUGUUAUUUCCCUUGUCUGAUCAAACUCUUAUAAGUUUUAAACAAAGCAAAUAUUCACCGCCGAGUUACAUAUUACUUGCAUUAUUAUUAAAAUUUUAAAUUAAAACAUACAUUUUAAUUAGAAACCAGUCACUAUUUUUCUCUCAAAUGGCUUCCAAAUGGAAACCAUUUGAGUGAACAAGUUUWAAAAAAAUGCCCUGUUGUAAGUCAGACCAAUACUCCAGUUUUGAGUUCUCUUUUCCUCAGCCUUAGUCUCGUCUGUGCGUUGAAAUAUUCAGCUAUUCAACCAAAACCCGCUGCAUUUUAAUCAACACGUAUUGUUCCGUAGAACGUACAUUCCACACUAUACAAUGGACCUUAAUAAAAGAAAAGACGACAUUCGUACACAAUCGAGGCUAAAACUGAGCAAAGGCGAACUUGAAAUGGGAGUAUUAUAAAAUCAUGGGUGCUUGGAAUUAUUUGAUUGAAGUUACUUAUACCAUACUUCUAUUGACUUCUUUCUUUUAUCAUUAUGGAUAUUUAUAGCAAUUAUUUUUAUUUCGUACGCACUAUAUUAGUUAUUGUAAUGGUUCUUCAAUUCGAAGCUACUAUGUAGCGGUUUAUUGAAAGCAAAGUAGGGAAUAAAUGAUCGGUCCGUUUUGGGACCCAAAAUGGUUG